GCUUCGCGCUGACUCAGCGGCGACGGAGGCGGCGGCGGCGUUAGCCGGCCCCUCGCGCUCUUUCCCUUCCUGGGGCGCCGACCCCGCCCGCCUGCUUGCUAGGUUGCCGGUCCGGCGCCACGCAAGAGAAGGCGUCAGGGGACGCGGAGCGGCGCGCGGCCCCAGCCAGCUCUGUCUCCGGCAUUAGCGCUGCGGCCGUGGCGGAGGACGACGGCGACAAGGACGAGGGCCGCUCUCCCCGCUCCCUGCGUGCGGCGUCGCUCCGCUCCGCUGACCAGCCCUCGGGAGUGCAGGCGGGGAGGCGGGAUGGAGUGAUAGGGAAGAUGUUUGUGGAUUCUUCUGUGGGAUCAGAGGGCACGCCUAUUGUAAUCAGAAAACUCCAAGAAUAGCAGCAGGGAUGGAUGAACAGGCUCUUUUAGGGCUAAAUCCAAAUGCUGAUUCAGACUUCAGACAAAGGGCCCUGGCCUAUUUUGAGCAGUUAAAGAUUUCCCCAGAUGCCUGGCAAGUGUGUGCUGAAGCUCUGGCCCAAAGGACAUACAGUGAUGAUCACAUAAAGUUUUUCUGCUUUCAAGUACUGGAACAUCAAGUUAAAUACAAAUACUCAGAGCUAACUACAGUUCAGCAACAACUAAUUAGGGAGACGCUCAUCUCUUGGCUUCAAGCUCAGAUGCUGAAUCCCCAACCAGAGAAGACCUUUAUACGAAAUAAAGCAGCCCAAGUCUUCGCCUUGCUUUUUGUUACAGAAUAUCUCACUAGAUGGCCCAAGUUUUUUUUUGACAUUCUCUCAGUAGUGGACCUAAAUCCAAGGGGAGUAGAUCUGUACCUCCGAAUCCUCAUGGCAAUUGAUUCAGAGUUGGUGGAUCGUGAUGUGGUGCAUACAUCAGAGGAGGCUCGUAGGAAUACUCUAAUAAAAGAUACCAUGAGGGAGCAGUGCAUUCCAAACUUAGUGGAAUCAUGGUACCAAAUCUUACAAAAUUAUCAGUAUACUAAUUCAGAAGUGACGUGUCAGUGCCUUGAGGUAGUUGGGGCUUAUGUCUCUUGGAUAGACUUAUCCCUUAUAGCCAAUGAUAGGUUUAUAAAUAUGCUGCUAGGUCAUAUGUCAAUAGAAGUUCUACGGGAAGAAGCAUGUGACUGUUUAUUUGAAAUUGUAAAUAAAGGAAUGGAUCCUGUUGAUAAAAUGAAACUAGUAGAAUCUUUGUGUCAAGUAUUACAGUCUGCUGGGUUUUUCAGCAUUGACCAGGAAGAAGAUGUUGACUUCCUGGCCAGAUUUUCUAAACUGGUAAAUGGAAUGGGACAGUCCUUGAUAGUUAGUUGGACUAAAUUAAUUAAGAAUGGGGAUAUCAAGAAUGCUCAAGAGGCACUACAAGCUAUUGAAACAAAAGUGGCCCUGAUGCUGCAGCUACUAAUUCAUGAAGAUGAUGACAUCUCUUCUAAUAUUAUUGGAUUUUGUUAUGAUUAUCUUCAUAUUUUGAAACAGCUUACAGUGCUCUCGGAUCAGCAAAAAGCUAAUGUAGAGGCAAUCAUGUUGGCCGUUAUGAAAAAACUGACUUACGAUGAAGAAUAUAACUUUGAAAAUGAGGGUGAAGAUGAAGCCAUGUUUGUAGAAUACAGAAAACAACUGAAGUUGUUGUUGGACAGGCUUGCUCAAGUUUCACCGGAGCUACUGCUGGCUUCUGUUCGCAGAGUUUUUAGUUCCACACUGCAGAAUUGGCAGACUACACGUUUUAUGGAGGUUGAAGUAGCAAUAAGACUGCUGUAUAUGUUGGCAGAAGCUCUUCCAGUAUCUCAUGGUGCUCACUUCUCAGGUGAUGUUUCAAAAGCUAGUGCUUUGCAGGAUAUGAUGCGAACUUUGGUAACAUCAGGAGUUAGUUCCUAUCAGCAUACAUCUGUGACAUUGGAGUUCUUCGAAACUGUUGUUAGAUAUGAAAAGUUUUUCACAGUUGAACCUCAACACAUUCCAUGUGUCCUAAUGGCCUUCUUAGAUCAUAGGGGUCUGCGGCAUUCUAGUGCCAAAGUGCGGAGCCGAGCUGCUUACCUGUUUUCCAGAUUUGUCAAGUCUCUAAAUAAACAAAUGAAUCCUUUCAUUGAGGAUAUUCUGAAUAGGAUACAAGAUUUAUUAGAGCUUUCUCCACCUGAGAAUGGUUACCAGUCUUUGUUGAGCAGCGACGAUCAACUCUUUAUUUAUGAGACAGCUGGAGUGCUGAUUGUUAACAGUGAAUAUCCUGCCGAACGGAAACAAGCAUUAAUGAGAAAUCUGUUGACCCCACUAAUGGAGAAGUUUAAAAUUCUGUUAGAAAAGUUGAUGCUGGCACAAGAUGAAGAAAGGCAGGCAUCACUAGCAGACUGUCUCAACCAUGCCGUUGGAUUUGCCAGUCGAACCAGCAAAGCUUUCAGCAACAAGCAGACUGUGAAACAAUGUGGCUGUUCCGAAGUUUAUCUGGACUGCUUACAGACGUUCUUGCCAGCACUCAGUUGCCCCUUACAAAAGGAUAUUCUCAGAAGUGGAGUUCGGACUUUCCUUCAUCGAAUGAUUAUUUGCCUAGAGGAAGAAGUUCUUCCAUUCAUCCCGUCUGCCUCAGAACACAUGCUCAAAGAUUGUGAAGCAAAAGACCUCCAGGAGUUCAUUCCUCUUAUCAACCAGAUUACAGCCAAGUUUAAGAUACAGGUAUCUCCUUUUUUACAGCAAAUGUUCAUGCCUCUGCUUCAUGCAAUUUUUGAAGUGUUGCUCCGACCAGCAGAAGAAAAUGACCAGUCUGCUGCUUUAGAGAAGCAAAUGUUGCGAAGGAGUUACUUUGCUUUCCUGCAAACAGUCACAGGCAGCGGGAUGAGCGAAGUCAUAGCAAAUCAAGGUGCAGAAAAUGUAGAACGAGUUCUGGUUACUGUUAUCCAAGGAGCAGUCGAAUAUCCAGAUCCAAUUGCCCAGAAAACGUGUUUUAUCAUCCUCUCCAAGUUGGUAGAACUCUGGGGAGGUAAAGAUGGACCAGUGGGAUUUGCUGAUUUUGUUUAUAAGCACAUUGUCCCUGCCUGUUUCCUAGCACCUUUAAAACAGACCUUUGACCUGGCAGAUGCACAAACAGUAUUGGCUUUGUCUGAAUGUGCGGUGACAUUGAAAACAAUUCAUCUCAAACGGGGCCCAGAAUGUGUUCAGUAUCUUCAACAAGAAUACCUGCCUUCCUUGCAAGUAGCUCCAGAGAUAAUUCAGGAGUUUUGUCAAGCGCUUCAGCAGCCUGAUGCUAAAGUUUUUAAAAAUUACUUAAAGGUAUUCUUCCAGAGAGCAAAGCCCUAAGGACUGGAUCUCCCUGUGCCUACUUUAUGAUCAAGAAUUCCAGUUAAUAAUUUAUAAAGAAGCAGUUUUUGUGUGCCAUUCACACUGGUCUUUUUAACAUUGCUUUAAGCUUAUUGCAGUAUAUGUAUUGGAACUUUUCCUGUAAAAUGGGUGUAAUUUUCUCUGAAUACAGGUAUGUGACAACAAGAGAAGUUGCUUGCAUGCCAGUUCAAAUUGUUCUAUAUAAAAAUGCUGUUAAAAGAUACAGCACGGUUAUCUUAGUACCCCCCCUUUUUUUUUUUACUGGAAAUGUUAAAUCCUUUAUAAAGACCACAUAGCAGGAAAACAGUGUACUUUUUUUCAAUUGCUAAAUAUGUUUGAACAUGUUAAUUUCCUUUUAUGUGUGCAGACUCCAAAUAUGGGGAGAAUACAACAAAUCAAAACUAACUUUUUGUAGAUAGCCAUUACAUUUCUUUAAACUGUUUCGAUGCCAAUGUGUGUUCUACAAAAGAGAAUGGUUUCAUAAAUUAACUGAUUUAAGAGUAGGUGUCAGUGUUACACACUUUUUAUAAAAAAAAAUAAAUUUUACGUAGUGAAAUCUA